AUGCAGGCCAAGUUCAAAACCUCCGGAGAUACCAUUUUCUGGAUUCCCUCUGGCGGAAUAGCAGAAUCCAAGAACGGAGGGGUAUUUCACCUUCUUCCACUUGGUCUCCGAGUCCAAGAGAAAUUAGAGAGGCUUAUUGAUAAGCAUAUGCGCAAACUCAGCGCUUCAAAGCUGUCAUUAUCAUCAUUAUCUUCUCAGGCUUUAUGGAAGAAGUCGGGGAGACUCCAUGACGACGAUUCUGAGGUAUUUCGCUUUGUGGAUAGAAAGAAGACUCCGUUCCUUCUUGCCCCAACUCAUGAAGAAGAGAUUACUACUGUUGUAUCUGGGCUAAUCAAAUCAUACCGAGACCUACCGCUACGUGUAUAUCAAAUUUCGAGAAAAUAUCGUGAUGAACCAAGACCGCGGCAUGGCCUCUUGCGUGGUAGAGAAUUCGUUAUGAAGGAUCUCUACACUUUUGACUCUACUGAAGCAGAGGCAAUUAAGACCUAUAAUACAGUGAAAGAAGCCUAUAUUAGUCUCUUCAAGGAAUUAAAGUUGCCAUAUGUUGUUGCUUCGGCUUCAUCAGGUAACAUGGGAGGCAAUCUAAGUCACGAGUUUCAUUUUCCCAGUCCGAAAGGAGAGGAUACUAUAGUCAGCUGCUCUAAGUGUGAAUAUGUCUUCAACGAAGAGUUAGCCAGCGGAAAAACCUCCUGCAAACGAACUGAACACAAGCCAAAUUUAAACUCCCCAACUGACGGGCUAGGCCACCAAGAGGCAGCAGCCAUUUCAACAGGCCAGUGGUCAGCAAUCUCUAAAGACAGAAAAGUCUUAGUGAGGGCAUUUUACCCCAAAUUCCUUAUCGCUGACAAGCAGUCAGAGCCUGUUCAGCGGGAAGUGAACCAACAUUCUCUGAAAUCAGUGGCUUCCGCCUAUGGGAUUGAUAUUGACAUAGGUGUCAAGGACGCCCUUGCUACGUGGAAAGCUGAAAUCCAGAACCAACCUCAGACGGCCAAACAAAAUAUACGUGUCCUAGAUAUCUAUGAUUUCAGAGUCCGUGUCUAUGAUCGGCCGCCAAUUAAGGACCUUCUAAACGGGAUGUCUAGCAACAACCUUGACAUUCAAUCCUCACUGCUAGACCGCUUCCCUGGAACCAAUGACGGCCUGGAUCUACUCCGAGCGAGACCAGGAGAUGAAUGUCCCAAUUGCGGAAACCCUGCUCUCAAAAUAGACCAGUCCAUUGAGCUUGCACACACUUUUCACCUUGGUACACGAUAUAGCGAGGUCCUACAAGCCAAUAUAUCCAUAAACCCUGCCAUUCUAACUGGAGCAGGACAGAAAGGGAAGCAGGAACCAGUUCCAAUACAAAUGGGCUGUCAUGGUAUUGGGGUGUCGAGAAUGAUAUCGGCAGUAUCGGAUAUCCUGGCAGAUGAAAAGGGCCUUAACUGGCCGCAAGCCAUUGCUCCCUUCCAAGUGGCCGUUGUACCUGGGAAGGGUUUGGAGAAAGAAGGCGAGCUGGUCUACGACAUCGUUACUCAGAAAACCCAGCAGCCGAUUGACACGAUAUUGGAUGAUAGAAAGAAAGACUUCGCCUGGAAGUUGAGAGAUGCGGACAUCAUUGGAUAUCCCAUCAUUCUGGCAGUUGGAAAGAAUUCUUGGGGGGCGGGCAACAAGGUGGAAGUCCAGUGUCGACGACUAGGAAAUCUCCGAACUAAAGUUUCCCUGGAGGAGGUUCCUGAAUUUGUUUCAUCCUUGCUCAGCAAACUAUAG